UCUGAACUGCCCUCUAUGGUCCCAAUGUGAGUUUGUCUCAGAUUCUUAGCCAAUAUAAACAUUGGCAAUGCUGACACUUACAUUUUGCAGAAGAAAUUUCUUUUUAAUGACAGUGUGGCAAAGAAAUCAUUAAAUUUGAUGAACCGAACGAAGAUAGUUGGAUUAGCAGGAAAGAAAACAGAUGUCCCUGCUGACUGAGGUGAAGGACUCUCUGGAGGCCCUGACCGGCGACACCGAAAUCAUUAAGCAGGAGCCUGAAAUGCAGAAGGAAGAGAUAGGAGAAGAGAAACCUGGAAACCUGAUUCCAGCAAAACAACCAUCUUCGGUCCACUUCUUCCCGAAGAUGAUAGAUUUGGACACCGUGCCAAUACAGUCGUCACAGUCAUUUUCCCACGAAAUGCCGCUCGGCUUCUACCAUGCCCCUAGUGUUCAGAAUAGCGGUCUAAGCUUCUCAUCGGCAGGACUGCUGACUUCCAAGUCUACCAUCCUGAGCAUCACCCGAAGAGACACCAGCCUGACAAAGCAGAGCACAAGCAUCACGAUUCCAAAGAAACAGCCCCUACCGAGCCUUGACUCAGAUACGCUUGUGUUGGGGGAAGGAGAGGAUUACUUCCUUUCUUUGUUUGGAGACUCGAGGAAACUCACUGUGCAUUCGUCCCAGACUGAGGAUGUGACCAAGCACCUCUCUGUGAUCCUUGAAGAAGUUGGCCAGUUCACAUCCAGUUUUCUUGAAGACAUUAAAAUAGUUGAUGUAAAUGUCAAGGGCUUGUUUGUGAGGCUCGUUAAUUCUUCCACUGACAAAGAGAUGGAGAUUGGGAACCACAUUCUCCAACAGAACGUGAAUGGACGUGCCAUUUCCUUGUACCGAUUCCCCCCCAACAUCACAAUGCAGGCCAACUCCACAGUGACGGUGUGGGCAGCAGCAUCAGAAGCACAGUCCCAGCCACCAACCGACUUCGUUUGGGAGGAACAGAACAGGUUCCGAUCCAGUCCGGACUGCACGACCAUCCUGUGCAAACCCCACGGUGAGGCUAUUGCCUGGUACACUCCAAUCCACUGGAAGCAAGCAUGGGAGAAGUUAGAGACCGAUAUUGAAUUUGAGAGAUGUUCAGUAGUGAUUCCAACACAGAAAAGCCAUAUGUUUAGGUGGACAACAGCAUCCACGUCUACCCUAAGUAAGGAAAACCAAGAGCCAACCAAGGAAGAGACCUCCCCAUGUCAGGUAGAACAGGUCCACCCUGCUCUUACGAGAGAAAAGGAAAUCCAGCCAACCGUUUUACCCAAUCGGAGUCCUUGGUGCCGCAGUCCUUACACCCCUCCACAUCCCUACUGUUCUCUCAUUGAGUCAUGUGACUUAGACAUUCCUGAAAGCAGUUUGGGUACACAGUUGACGUCUCAGCCAGCCAAGCCCAAGUCAGCCCCAGGGACCAAGAAAAAGAAAUCAAAGUCAUAAGAAAGCAGAAAAUAAUUCAAUCAAUGAAAGUAAGUAACUAUUGUAAACUUGCUUUCCCCAUAGAAAAAUGAUAUUUCAAAUUAUUGUAAAAAGAAAAUUGAGGUUCUCACUUUAUGACUGAAGCUGGCCUUAAACUUAUGUCAAUCUUCCUGCCUCAGUCUCCUGAUGUAAUAAGGUAUUUGGAAUACUCAGAAAAUGGAUUUUUCUUUUUUCCCUCUCUUUGUUUUUUUGAAAAACAGAACCCAGCAACAGAGCUCUGACUGUCCUGUAACUUGCUGUGUAGACCAGGCUGGCCUCCAACUCACAAAGAUCCACCUGCCUCUGCCUCCUGAGCAGUGAGAUUAAAGUUGUGCCCACCAAUGCCUAGCAACUUACCUGUCUUCUCUAAUUUUCCCACACACAUUUCUGUUGCUUUCAGAUAUGUCAGGUUUUGUCUUCUUAUUACAUGAUAUACUUUCUGGGAAUGAGAAGUAAUUUGCCCCAGAUAUUCAUUUUAUCUUUGUUGGUAGGUAAGUAAUAUGUCACUGAAAUCUAGAGUCAGAACUCUACAUGUAAACCAACAUGAUCCAUUCUGUGUGAGCAACGUGUCAUUAGUUGCAUACCGGAAGCUUAAGAGCCUGUGGGGCUCCGUACUGGGACAUUUUUAAUGACAUUGAAAGACAUUGUGAUGGUGUCAAGGAUAAUGGCCCCCGUAGGCUCCAGUGUUUGAAUCUUGAUCUAGAGUUGGUGGAGCUAUUUGGGAAGGAUUAGGAGCUGUGACCCUGUUGUAGGUGUUGUGUCACUAGCUUUUGAAGUUGCGAAAAACCCAUACCAGACCCAGUUAGCUCUUCCUGCCUCAUGGUUGUGUCUCAAGAUGUGGGCUCUCAACUGCUGCUCCAGCGCCACACUUGCCUGCCUGCCGCCAUGCUCCCCACCAUGACGGUCAUGGACUCUAACCCUGUGGAACUGUAAGCCCAAAUAAACACACUUCUUUUGUAA